CUUCAUUAUCAGCCGUCCAUCUUUCCCCAGCUCAUUCCCAAUGUCUAAUCCAACGGCUCAUAUUCCGUUUCAAACCGUGUCCCUUCACUCCGUCCCUAUAUAAAUGAAUUGCGAACUGAACGAUAAGCCCACACCACAUCUGCACUUCGCAUAAGGACACUCUGAGUCUUUUCAUCUCCGACCGGCUACAUCACCGGCGAAGUUUCAGAUAACUACUACAAAGAAGAAGGAAAAUGGCGUGGUUGCUCUCUUUGAAGGCUUUAUUGAUGUCGGCCGGAGUUGUUUCCUUGGCUCUGGCUCUGAAGGUCUCCGUUCCUUGGGUUGUUGAGUUUUCCGUUCUGUAUGUGCCUCUGAUUUGGAACUCCAUGAUUUCUUGCCUGAGGCCUCCUUACAUUUACAUUAUCAUCAAUGGCAUCAUCAUCUCCAUCGUCGCCUCCUCGCGCUUCAACCAGAAAGAAGCCGACGCUUACGUUGAGAUUCCUUCUGCAAAUAAGGCUCCGGAGGAUAUCGGAUACAGGGAGAUUGUUUCGGAUUUCACUACUGUAGAAUCGCCGGCGGUUUACGAACAGAGAGAUGAACUGAUUGUUUUGGAAGUGAAGACUAUCGAUGCGAUAGAUUCGCCGAUUGAAGAAGUAAUUGUUCCGGAAGUGCAGGCGGUGAUCUUACCAAGAGAAGAAGUAAUUGUUCCGGAAGCGAUUAGCUCUGUUGAAGCUGAAGCAGAGGAUGAGGACAAAUUCAUCAUAUCGACCAAUCCGAUCUGGAAUUCGCCGGAGAGGAUGAGAUUGCCAGAGAAACCACUUGUUUCUUCCAGAUUCAGCCACCGUAAAUCGGCGAAAUCGAGUCCUGAAGGCGGAAAGGCGCUGGGAGUAAUAUCGAAGGCGAAACGGCACGAGACGCUAGAGAACACGUGGAAGGCGAUAACGGAAGGCAGAGCAAUGCCGUUGAGCAGGCACAUGAAAAAGUGCGAGACGUGGGAGAAUCACUACCGUCAGAUUAGCGCCGGCGAGGUCGAGUCGUCAGCGGUGCAGAAAUCGGAGACGUUCAAGGACCGGACGAAUCAGGCAUUGACGCCGGUGAAUGUGUCGGCUCAGGCGAUGAAGCUGAGGAAAGAGCCGUCGAUGAAUCAGGACGAUUUGAACCGGCGAGUGGAGGAUUUCAUAAGAAGGUUCAACGAGGAGAUGAGGUUGCAGAGGGAGCAGUCGUUGAAGAAGUACUGGGAGAUGGUGAACCAUGGAGAUAACUGAAUUUACAGUCUCUUUUGGAAGCUUUUCUUCCUUUCUGGUAAAUUUUGAUUGGUCCAAAUAUAC